AUGGUCCUGCUGUUCCAGACCGGCUGCUUGAGAAUCGGUGGUAGAUACCUAGGUUUCCUCAUCCAAGCUCGUAAAGUCGGCACCACCGAGGCUGUUGGAUCUUUCUCCAACCACCCCACCGGGACCAAGAGGCUGAACUGUUCUAAUGGUGAUUCCGCCUCCCACUCCGAUAGAACUGAAAAAUCAGAUAUCGAACUGACCUGGACCCCACCGAGCGAGAAAGGGGAGGGACCUGUCCAAUUUGUAGCAACUGUCGUGUUGGGACAACAGCUUUUCUGGAUGAACGUGACGUCAGACGUGAUACCCGAGCAAGUAGAAACAACAACAUCAAAAUAUACAACACCGGGGAGUAUUACAACCAUGGUUACGGCUACAGGGCAACAAAACCAGUCAACAACAGCAAAAUAUACAACACCGGCGAGUGUUACAACCAUGGUUACGAAUACAGCGAAACAAAACCAGACAGUUUUUACAACGGUAGCUUACACCACAUUAGUAACAACAGCAGAGCAAACGACGAUGCUUCCGGAGGACUGUAACAACAGGUGCAGCAUCUUUGCUAGGUGCGAGUUUUCAACAUGUGUGUGCAAGAGGGGACUGGACGGAGAUGGGGAUACCUGCACAUCAGUAUCAGAUUCCACGCGGUAUGACUACACACUGACCAUGGACAACAUCACCUUCACUAACGACUUGAUGAACCGGUCAUCACCGGCAGCCAUGGCACUGGCAGAGAUGCUGGAGGAGAGGCUGGAAUUUUACUUCAAAAGAAGUAGUAUAGCAGAGGCUUACCAUAGUGUCACGGUGACUGGCUUUCGUGAGGGGAGUGUUAUAGCGAACUAUAGCGUCAACGUGAACACCACGGCGAACCUGCAACAAGAUGAGGUGGAAGAUGCACUUUACGACGCUAUACGGCAAAACAUGUCUGCCAACUUUCUAAAUAUAGUAAUUCCACAAUUAACGACACCAGCACCAACCACGGUCUCUACAACGGAGCCUCCUACCACGGUCUCCACUACAGAGCCUCCUACCACGGUCUACACCACUGAGCCUCCUACCACAUUCUCAACAACAAAGCCUCCUACCACGGUCUCCACCACUGAGCCUCCUACCACCUUCUCAACGACAGAGCCUCCGACCACGGUCUCGACUACAGAGCCUCCUACCACGGUCUCCACUACAGAGCCUCCUACCACGGUCAUCGACACCAUCACCCAGACCGGCGACACCAUCACCCACACCGGCGACACUAUCACCCAGAUCGGCGACGCCAUCACCCAGACCGGCGACACCAUCACCCAGACCGGCGACACCAUCACCCUCACCGGCGACACCAUCACCAAGACCGGCGACACCAUCACCCAGACCGGCGACACCAUCACCCUCACCGGCGACACCAUCACCCAGACCGGCUACACCAUCACCCAGACCGGCGACACCAUCACCCAGACCGGCGACACCAUCACCCAGACCGGCGACACCAUCACCCAGACCGGCGACACCAUCACCCAGACCGGCCACGCCCAUGCCGACCACAGCAGCAGUCCUCACCACCGUUGCCCCCACGGCCGACCCAGAAUGCCCGGUCGCCUGUCCCGUAUUCUCCACAUGCACCUACAACUCAACCUCCAACCAGAACAUCUGUGCUUGCGAUGGUGGCUACCAGUGGAGAGGAGCAGCGUGCGUGCUGAGAGACGAUGUAAACGACGUGCAUAUCCAGGUGACAAUGUUGCUGGCUCAAUACAACGACGCUCUCAAAGACAGGAACUCCAAAGAACACAGAAAACUCGCUCAACAAAUUCGGAAGUUGAUAAGGACAUAUCUAAGAGACACAGAUAUUCCGGCAGACGUUAUCCAGGGACUCUCCGUGUAUGAUUUCCGCGCCGGAAGUGUGAUCGCGGAUUUCGUCGUCAAUGUUUUGAAAAGCUCCGGGCUGAGUGACGAGGAAGUUCAUCAGAAACUCCAAGAAGCCAUGGAUCGCGACCCAAGUCUAGGGGACGAGCUUGGAGUCGAUGAAAG